GACAUUAUAUAAUGGAUUCCUAGUAAAUUUGCUCGUCAGACGGUGUCAGGCAUCGGUGUCGAGAAGACAAAAUCCGCAGCCUUUUACGGACACGAAUUUACCGGAAAUUGUGCAACGCGCAACUUCCUUCCAGUGAAUAAGUUCAAGAGUGUGCUGUGAAAUAGAAAUCGCAGGCGCCAAAAUGCUAAGGACUGUGAUUUGCACGGUGUUGAUCCUGGCGAUCGGCAGUGCAAGUGGAUAUAUUACGACGAAGCCGGACUUCCUCACGCCAUGCCCGAUAAUGUCCGUGCCGGAAGAGGAGUUCACAAAGUGCUCCACUGAGGACAUUCAGAAGCUCUUCGAGAAUCUGUACACCGGAAUUGAAGGCCUAGAAGAUGUGGUUGUUGAUCCGCUCAAAAUAAACCGCAUCAAAGUGUUACAAGGUGCUGGUCCUGUGAGUUUGAACGCGUCCUUGUCGAAAGUUACCGUGACUGGGUUCAGAUACACAAACGUCACUGAAAGCAAAGUGAGUCCGAAGGACUUCAGCUGGGAGACGACAUUCUUCCUGCCCAAGGUGCGCAUUGAGGGCAUCUACAGCAUGCAGGGAAGGAUCCUGAUCAUCCCCCUGAACGGCAGGGGAAAGUGCUGGCUCGAGCCUGAGAACAUGACCAUUCGCAUGCACACGAAGACGCGCCUGAUCGAGAAGGACGGCUUUGUAUUCUACAAUGUCACAGGGACGAAGGUGGAUUACGACAUCAGCGGCCUGAGGCUGCGAUUCGACAAUCUGUUCGAUGGAGUUAAGGCGCUUGAGGAGAGCACCAAUGCCUAUCUGAACGAGAACUGGCGUCCCGUCAACGAGGGCCUGAAGCCUGUCAUCGCGAAGACCGUGGAGGACAUCCUGCUGAGGAUCAUGCGGAAGAUCUUUGACAACAUUCCCGCCAACUUUUUCGUGUCUGAUAUACCAAAACCCAGCGAACUGUACAGUCGGAAGAACUAAAGCGAGACAUUCCAACUUUUAUGCGUUAAUAAAAUGUGUAAAUAAGGUGCAGAGCUUCUAUGUACAUUCCAAUGUAAUGAGUUAAGAGCCUAGUCUAGACUAAAAGUGUGAAGUUAAUUAAAGUUAUAGGAGAAAAAAA